CAUUUGAGUCAUAGAUAUAAUGAAAGUUUCAAGUGGAGCAGAUUCGGCCUUUCUAGUCCCAUAUCAACGCCAGGCCACGGUUAUCAAAUAAUCAAUAUUGGGUAGGAUCCAGACGCACUCGCACCAGACCCAGUGCAAUGGAUAAGUUUUUGCUGUUAUGGGUGUUACUUCUUCCCGGUGCCUUGUGUGCCCUUCCGAACAACUUCCAGAUCUUAGGAUACAAUCUCACUUUGACGAUAACUUCAAACUUAACAGCAGAUGUUGAUGGAAUCGCUAUCAUUAGGUUACGGUGCACAACUAAUACGAAAAACAUCUUGUUAAAUUGGGGGCCUUCUCUAACAUACAUGGACAUGUUCGUAACGUACGCAGAUACGGAUGAAACAACCCCAACAACAACCAUUCCAAGUACCGACUUGAGUCAAAGUGUAAACGCAACCACUCAACAAUGGAAUAUAACCUACAUAAAGGCUGAUACAAACUUUGUUGCCGGUACAUUCUACAACGUAACUGCGACCUUUCUGACCAAGCUAAACGAUGACAAUAAAGGAUUGUUCUACAGACAGUAUCCGAUUGAAAACAACCAAAUUAAUGCCGUUAUCAUGACUAAUUUAAGACCAAGUUUCGCCAGAGAAGUUUUCCCUUGUCUUGAUGAACCUCAGCUACCUGGGUUCUUUCAGCUCAAUUUAACCUACCCUAACACAUGGGGUGUUGGGGCGACAGUAGCUGUGGAGAAAUCUGCUGCAGGACAGUUAGCUGGAACUACCACGGUUCUCUUCAACUCCUUUAACACUUCAACGAACAAUUUAGCAUUUUUUCUAACAACGAACAUGAGUACAACAAACUAUCCAGUUGCUGGUAUGACGCUUACGUUUUGGGCAAGGAAAGGUCUUGACACGACUACCCUUUCUGCUAAUGCCAAAUUCCUAUCAGAUAUAUUCAACGUUGUACAAUACACGUUAUCUUUCAAAUUGAAAAUCAGUCAGCUCAACAUAGUUAUGGUACCUGGACUGGAAGAACCUUUCUCAAGCUAUGGAGUCAUUUUCAUCAGGGAGGAGAACUACGCGAAAGACUAUACCAGCCCGCAAGUAGAGGGAUUGCUUAAAUCCACCGUUGUCCCAGUAAUCUAUCAGUUUAUCAGGCAGUAUUCUGAGUUCAGUACACGCCCCGCUCAGUGGGCCGACUACUGGGUCUCCCAGGCUAUUGGAAAGUACUUGGAGUUCGUCAUCUUAAACACAGUGUUGCCCACGUUCGACUUCAAAACUGACCUAGAAGUCGUCACUCGUCAAAAAGCCCUUUAUCUGGACGCUCAGCCUGGUGCAAAACCUCUCAAAGAUGACUCAGACAUUUAUAACUCGUCAUCAUCCAUCCAAGCUCUUGUAGAUGAUCCUCUCAAAGGCCUGAAAGGAGCUGCAAUUCUAAACAUGCUGGACCAGUCUCUACCUGCAGGAACUGUCUUUGACACCAUCAAAGCCUUUCUCAACACCAACUCGGAAACACCAGUGUCUAGUGCAAAUUUCAUCAGUGCUAUUCAAGCUAUUGGGAACAACCCCCUCUUGUCUUCGAAUGCAAGACUGUCCUUGACUUAUACCCUUAAUUCUUGGAUCAGCUUCACGAGUUACCCGUUGGAAACGGUCAAGAUCAAUAAAUAUACAAGCCAAGCCAUAGGCAGCGUGAACUUCACAACUACUGGGUAUUGUUUUGUAUUCAAUACUACAUGCAAAGAUACGCUGCAGCCGAACUUUUACUUGUCUACUACUGUGAGUAGUAAGUCAGACCUUCGAUACAACUACCCUCGACAGGAAAUUUGGGCUAACAACGUUGAUUCCGACAGCCGAAUAACAACCUCUAUCGAUGUCAAAAACACAGAUUGGAUUGUAGCCAAUAUGAAUUCUGGAGGGUACUAUAGAAGUAAUUAUGACACCAGCAAUUGGGAGCUCAUCAUCACCAGCCUUUCCUCAAAAGACAACCUCAUCAUGGGUCGGUCACAACUAUUAGACGAUGCUUUUGCCCUCGCUCUCAGCAGUUCGAACCCCCUCAACUACGGCAUCACCAUCAGGCUGGCCAAUGCAAACUUAGGAAAUACCCAAUACAAGAACUGGGUUCCAGUGCAGCGGGGCCUGAAAGAAAUUGGUGACAAUUUAAUGGGUCUAAGUGAAUACACAUCCUACAAGAACUUUGCUGCCGGAUACUUUCUGAAUCUGAACAGAUUUCUCCAAAACAGUUCUUAUGACACCUUCGAGAUGGCAAGAAUACAAGGUCUGUUCUUGGACGACAUGUGUGAGUAUGACAUCACAGGAUACCGAACUUCCGCUAUAGGUAACCUGACCGACCUUCUUAGAGGAUCUUUCCCUAGCAGUAUUCCCAGUAGCACAUAUGACGGGAUAGCUUGCUGUGGAGCAAGAUACAAUUCCACUCUUAAGGCACAAACCUUGUGGGGCAUUCUCUCUGACUCCAAAUACAACUACUACAGCAGACGAUAUGCAUCUAUAGCUCUUGGCUGUCUGUCUAACUACACAGACGUGGUCCAAUACUUUGACACAAUGACUGAGGCGAAUUCCCGACUUAAACAUUACAUUCAAAUCACAUUGGAAAAUCUGGCUGAGAAAAAUCCAUUCGCCUUCUUGUCAAACUUUACCCAGCGAAUCAACAAGUUCCAAUCAAAAUUGGGUUCGGUGUCAGUAGCAUCUCUGAUCACUACGGCUGGUCGAAAAAUAAAUAACAACACCCAGGCUUCAGUGCUGGAUAGUGUGACAAACGCUGAUGCAGUGGUGGUGGAAGCGGUUCAAACCACAAGGAGUCUGAUCUCUAACAGGGUCAGCUGGCUCUCAACCAACAACAAGACUCAGCUGAUUGAAGCCCUCCAGACAAACACAUUGCCCAGCGGAAGUGGUGCCAACCUCCUCACUGCAAUGACUCUGCUGGUGCUCCUUCCAUACCUGAUGAAUAUGUUGGCACCAGUUAGAGUAUAAUCAAAUAUAUCUACACUUACUACUGAGUAA